UUGCUCUCACUGCAUCUAGCGUAUUUGAUAAAUAAAAAUAAGAUCAGAAUACUCAUUUAGUUAAAAAAAAAUACAAAUACAAAUAAAAUGCAAGCGUCUGUGUUCAUUUCUGUGAUAUUCGUUAUAAUUGCCAGCAAUGCAAUACAAACAGACGCGCUAUUACGUCGAUGUUAUCAGUGCCGUUCACGGGGCGAACUUGGUAGCUGCAAGGAUCCCUUCGGAUUUAAUGCAACUGAUGUUGAGAGGGAACCCGGUCUUGCCGCAAUUCCCUGCGCCAGUGGCUGGUGUGGCAAAGUGAUCGAAGGCGGUGGCACCUACGCCCUCGACGACUACGAUCUUGCCAUUCAGCGAAUGUGCGUGCAGCGAGGACCCGAUGACAACAUGGACCGAUGCGCUGAUACCAUAUACAACCAUAAAAAGGUGUUCAUGUGCUUCUGUCAAGGUGAUCUAUGUAAUGGCGCUACUGGCCGAUGGGAACAGUACCGUCAGCCUCUCCCAUUGCUAACUGUGGCUGCUCUAGCGUCUACAGUCCUCAAGAAAUUGUAUUUUUGAAUGUACAUUUUUAAUGAUAAUUCAUAAUGCUUGGCAUUGAUUGUUGGAACGUGGCAAUAAAACUUGUAAAGCUGUAUUUUUUUGGUAA